AUUCGGUCCAGGUCGAAUCAAAUCAGCCCAAGAUACAUGCAGCCAAGACAUCAACAAAGAACUUUUUCGUCAGUUCGAGCCCAUAGACUGACGAAAGGUUUUUGUUGAUUUCUUGCUUUCCCCAACCAUGUAUAGGACCCCGCAACUCAACUACCGGUACGGCAACCAAUUCAUACGCGUGGUAACCAGCCUGCUGGAUGAAGUCUGUACAAAAUUUGACCGCUCUGCGGUGAUUGACAAGCAUUAUGAUCGAUGGCAGCAAACUAAGCAUCCCAUGUACUACAAGAAAUCCAAAAGAGAGAUCUUGGAAAUGUGGAGGAUCAAUGGUGAGGCCGCCAUGGAGGAAGGCAGGCUUCUCCAUCAAGCCAUUGAAGCGUACUUCAAAAAUGAAGAAAUAGAGUAUGACCAGAGCCGAAAGGAGUGGAAACAGUUUCUAGCUUUUCUGGAAGAAUAUUACUUGACAGCGUAUCGGACAGAAAAGAAUCUUUUGUCCAGCGAACACAAACUUGCAGGCAAGGUUGACUUGAUUGUCCAGAAUGAGGAUGGUACGUACACUAUGUACGACUGGAAACGAAGCAAACAUGGGAUUCUACAAGAUAGCAACUAUGACAGGAAUUGCAAGCAGCUCAAUCUGUAUCGGGAGAUCUUUGAGACCGAAUACGGGAUCAAAGUGAGAUCCAUGUUCAUCGUUCGGUUCCAUCCGAGUGCUCCAAACUAUGAAGUGGUGGAAGUGGAACGGAUGGAAGCAGAGACUAUUGCUAUGUUGGAACAACCCCAAGAUUUGGUCCAAUCAAUCACUUUCGUUCCAUUAUGCAUUUAACCUCAAGACAAACCGAGCCAAGAACCAGCUAGCUAGUUUUGCAAUAAUACGGUGGACAAUGGAUGGCUACCGUAGUGAAAGGUGGAAGUCGGAGCCGCCAAAACAUUCUUUGUCGCUGGCAACACAUCCUUUGUCCAGAUUGCGCCCAUCGCAUUCCGUGCAUUGCAUUUCUAACCCUAUUUUGCUGCAACUAUUUUUGUAAAGCUGUCUUGUUCCAAAUGUUAUGAACGCAAAACAUAAGAAGGGGGGUCUACCAGCUAGUUAGUUAGAGUCUCGUCGGGGGUUAUCUACAAAAGGUGUUGCACUUCCAAGGAUUGUUCAUUCAAGGUCCUUUCUAAAGAAUAGGGAUCAGUGGAACCCACCAUUGGCGG